AUGCGCGUCAACAGCAUCGCCGGCCUCGCCACCGCGGCGGCGGCAGCGAUACUCGUGCCAGCGAUUGCCGCGAUCCAUGUCCCUCACGUCAAUGUCCCUGCGUGCGGCAGCGGCAUCCCGCCCCCCAAGCUCACCUACAACAAGGCCCUGCCGGGCCAGCCCACGCACGACUUUCCCCUCACACAAGCCGAGCUCUGCUACACUGGCACCUCGGUCGACUUCGUGCUGACGGCAUUCAACGAGACGUCCUUCUUCUACAACGCCUCGCAGGGCACCAACGACCUCAUCUUCGAGUACGAGGUCAUGGAGGUCUUCAUCUCGCGCGGCGACAUCGACCCCAUCACCUACUUCGAGAUCGAAGUCAACCCCGCCAACGUCACCCUGCAGACGUUCGUCUUCAACCCCUCGCGGCGCCGCACGCCGGGGACGCCCUUUGACCACUUCCCCGUCUUGGACCCAUUCGGCGACGGCAUAGCCACCACGACGACGCUGGAUCGGCCGGGGCACACCUGGCGGAGCACCGUGCGCAUUCCCCUGGGGUACUUCAACAUCGACGACGGUUGUGCGAGGGGCACGACCUGGCGGAUGAACUUCUUCCGGACUGUGACCGAUCCCCAGAUGUUUCCGAACCAGACGCUUGGAGCGUGGAGCCCGGCCGACGUGGCAGACUUCCAUGUCACGCGGCCUUUUGGACGCUUCACCUUUGUGUAG